UACAAUGAUCCAAUGCAAUCGAUACCGAUACGUACAGGAGGCAAUCAUAUAUAGCCAAAGCAUGCAAAAAUCUCCAUUUCAUUCUCUCUUACCUCCUUGAUUUUCUUAGGCUUAACCGGUGGUGGUGACCCCUUCCCCGUCUCCGUCAAGGGGUCGCCCCUCGCUCCCCCGUCUCUGUCUGAAACCCGGGAAAAAACCGAAAAAGAGAAAGAAAUUAAGAAAAUCAAAAAAAAAAAAAAACGAAAAGGAAAACCCUAAAUCCCCAAUUUGUUCUGAUUACAACGUUUGGGAAAAGCAGAGAAGAAGGGAAGAAGAGAGAGAUGUCGGAGAUGGCAGCGUCAGACCCGGAGGGAAUCGAUGGAGUACGGAUGACAUGGAACGCGUGGCCGAGAACGAAGGUGGAAGCCAGCAAGUGCGUGAUCCCGCUCGCCGCUGCGAUCUCUCCGAUCCGACCCCACCCCGACAUCCCCACCCUCCCGUACCUCCCCCUCCGAUGCAAGACCUGCGCUUGCGUCCUCAACCCGUACUGCCGCGUCGAUUUUACCGCCAAAAUAUGGAUCUGCCCCUUCUGCUUCCAGCGCAACCAUUUCCCGCCCCAUUACUCCAUGAUCUCUGAGACCAAUGUCCCCGCCGAGCUGUAUCCGCAGUACACCACCGUCGAGUACGUUGUCCCUGAGAACCCUGCUGUCCCGGCUCCGCCGCCUCUCUCUCAUGUAUUCCUCUUCGUUCUCGACACCUGUGUCAUUGAGGAGGAGCUAGGGUUUGUCAAAUCCGCGCUCAAGCAGGCAAUUGGAUUGUUGCCCGAGAACGCUCUUGUUGGGUUCAUUUCGUUUGGAACGCAGGUUCAGGUUCACGAGCUUGGGUUCUCGGAUCUCACCAAGGUUUACGUCUUUCGUGGUAGCAAGGAGAUCUCUAAAGAGCAGGUAUUGGAUCAAUUGGGCCUUAGUACUGCGCCGCAGAGGGCCGCCCCUGGGUAUCCGAAGGCCGUCCAAAAUGUAAUGCCCAAUUCCGGAGUUAAUCGAUUUCUGCUUCCCGCUUCAGAAUGCGAAUAUACUCUUGAUACGCUACUAGAUGAGUUGCAAACAGAUCAAUGGCCGGUUCAACCUGGUAAUAGGGCGUUACGCUGCACAGGUGUAGCUCUAAGCGUUGCUGCAGGCCUACUGGCGGCUUGCUCGCCUGGCACUGGUGCUCGUAUUGUAGCUAUGGUGGGUGGUCCAUGCACGGAAGGCCCAGGAACGAUUGUGUCAAAAGAUCUGUCGGAACCAGUACGUUCUCAUAAAGAUCUUGAUAAGGAUGCAGCAGCUCAUUUCCAUAAAGCUGUAAAAUUUUAUGAUGGUCUUGCCAAGCAGCUUGUUAGCCAGGGCCAUGUUUUAGAUCUUUUUGCUUCUGCACUUGAUCAGGUUGGGGUUGCAGAGAUGAAAGUUGUCAUUGAAAGGACAGGUGGGCUUGUUGUUUUAGCUGAAAGUUUUGGGCACCCUGUAUUUAAAGACUCGUUCAAACGCAUUUUUGACAAUGGUGAAGAGGCCCUUGGCCUUUCAUUCAAUGGGAGUCUUGAGAUCAACUGUUCAAAAGAUAUUAAGAUACAGGGAAUUAUUGGGCCAUGCACAUCUUUGGAGAAGAAAGGACCUUCUUGUGCCGACACUGUCAUUGGUCAGGGGAAUACAACAUCCUGGAAAAUGUGUGGCCUUGAUAAGAGGACUUGCUUGACUGUCUUCUUUGACAUUUCACCAAGUGAGCGCACAAACCCUCCAGGGGUUUCAAAUCCACAGUUAUAUUUACAGUUUCUAACAAAUUACCAAAACCCUGAAGGACAAGCACGGUUCCGAGUUACAACUGUUACAAGGAGAUGGGUGGAAAGUGCUGCUAAUGCAGAGGAAUUAGUUGAUGGAUUUGAUCAAGAGACUGCUGCAGUUGUAAUAGCUAGAUUGACAUCUUUGAAAAUGGAGAUGGAGGAAGAGUUUGAUGCAACACGAUGGUUGGAUCGUUCCCUCAUCCGUCUAUGUUCAAGAUUUGGUGAUUAUCGGAAGGAUGAUCCUGCUUCAUUCACAUUGAACCCUAGUUUCUCACUGUUUCCACAGUUUAUGUUUAAUCUGCGGCGGUCACAAUUUGUACAGGUUUUUAACAAUAGUCCAGAUGAGACUGCUUAUUUCCGUAUGCUGUUAAAUCGGGAGAAUAUCCUGAACACUGUGGUCAUGAUUCAACCAUCAUUGAUUGCAUAUUCAUUUCAUUCACUUCCUAAGCCUGCAUUGUUGGAUGUAUCUUCUAUAUCAUCCGAACAAAUACUAUUACUGGAUGCUUAUUUCAGUAUAGUCAUUUUCCAUGGAAUGACAAUAGCUCAGUGGCGAAAUGCAGGCUACCAGAAUCAGCCAGAACACCAGGCCUUUGCCCAGCUAUUGCAGGCUCCUCGUGACGAUGCCCAAAUGAUAAUCCGGGACCGGUUCCCUGUCCCAAGAUUGGUGGUUUGUGAUCAGCAUGGCUCCCAGGCGAGAUUUCUACUUGCCAAGUUGAACCCCUCGGCCACAUACAACUCUGCACACGAUGUAGCCCCUGGAUCAGAUGUGAUCUUCACAGAUGAUGUGAGCCUGCAAGUGUUCAUUGAGCAUCUUCAAAGGCUAGCAGUGCAGUCUUGAGAGCACAAAGAAUUUUAACAAGUUGUUACUUGGUUUCAAGAUGUGGUUGCAUUCUCAGGGUGUGAGUUCUUUAUCAUUUUCAUAAACAGUCCCCCCUUCUUUUCAUUUUUCCUUUCUUAUCUUGUUCUUCAGAUCAGAGGCCAACCUAAAUUAUUUGAGAAUAAGGAUUCUGCAUAUCAUUCUUUUUGUGUUGAGAGGUGUUGGCUUCCUUGCAAGAAUAAGACCAACAGAAAGCAAGCUGAUCUUAGGAAAGGAAGGAGAAUCUGGUUUUAAGGCUGAAGGGGUUUGCGGUCUCAGAGUCAGGGCCAAUCAGAUAGGUGCAUAUAAAAUUGGUUGUUUCUUUUGUCUUUUUGUAAUACCGCAAAAGUAAAAUGUGUUUUGGUGUAUCUGAAUUAAGCUCUUGUAUAUGGGGCUUUUAAGCUCUUAGGUCGACAAGUCCAAAAUCCUCUGUUUUUUGCCCCCCCCCCCCGGUCCCAUUUCCAAUACAGCUAAUGUUGUCACUGUUUGUGCUUCAAUUAACCUAUUCAAUUAGGCAUGCUUACAUUUGAUUUCC